AUGUCCGACGACGGCUGCUGCUCAGCUAUAGGGCAACAUCGACUCCCCAUGGUCGAGAAUGAAAAUCAUAUUCCCAUCCCAAUUCAUAUAAACAAUGGUGAAGAGAAAUCCAGUUCGACCCCUCCUCUUUCUCCGAGGAAGGAACAUGACUUUAUUGAUCGGUUCUCACGACGCCCAAGCUUCAUGGACCACCUAGCAGACUCGCGAGAAUCACAGUUUCAUCCUCCACCUAGAAGCGAGCUAGAGCGAUAUUUUCACGGACCCCGCAACAUGACCCAGCACUCCAAAUGGCCAAUUGUUAUGCGAGUUCAGGGAAGUAUAAUGCCUCAAAUGAUCAUACCUUUAUUGGUUGUUGGAAGUUGGGCGACACUUAUUACCUGCAUUUCUCAUUAUUGGCAUAAUCUCGGCAUCAAUAAUAUCUUACUCACCGUUCUGGGCUUCGUGGUGGGAUUAUCUUUGUCAUUUCGAGGUUCAACUGCAUACGAAAGAUGGGCAGAUGGCCGCAAGUACUGGGCCUCGCUAGUCCAGACAUCACGCAACCUAGCACGAUUGAUUUGGGUACACCUCGGCGAACGAGAAGGAGAAGAUGGAAAGGAAGAUUUACUGAGAAAACUAUCCGCGAUGAACCUUAUUCUUGCCUUUGCCGUGGCCUUGAAACAUAAGCUUCGAUUUGAGCCUGAUGUCGCAUACGAAGACCUCGCAGGACUCUUAGGACACCUGGAUACAUUUGCACUGGAUGCACACGAUCGCAGCGUUGUGUGUCCUCAGCCAAAGACCUUAUGGAAGGCUAUAGGAGAGGAUUUGGGUCUUUCUUUCGCCAGAUCCAACCCACGCAAGCUUGUCAAGCGAGCUAAGAAGCCACUGGGACAUCUUCCGCUUGAGAUCCUCGUUCAUCUAUCUGCGUAUGUUGAAUCGUGUGUAAAGAAUGGCACUUUGACUCUGGCACAGUAUCAGGGACAAACAAUGACAAUGCUAAAUACUCUAAAUGAGAUACUUACCGGAACGGAGCGAGUUCUAGACACGCCUUUACCAGCUGCAUAUAGUAUCGCAAUUUCUCAAAUCUCCUGGAUCUAUGUGAUGCUCCUCCCUUUCCAAUUGUACAAGUUCCUAAACUGGACCACGAUCCCAGCGUCAAUGAUCGCCGCAUACAUAAUCAUCGGUCUCCUCACAAUUGGCAGCGAAAUCGAAAAUCCGUUUGGUCAAGACGUCAACGACCUCCCUCUUACAACAUACUGUCGCCAGAUUGCACAAGAGCUUGAUAUAAUUACGGCUUCCCAGCCUCCAGAUUUCGGAGACUUCAUGACACGACAUGAAAAUUUGGUCCUAUUCCCCUUGAGUCGAGAUGGAUAUCCCGCUUGGAUGAGCCGGAGUCGUGAAGAAAUCCACAGUGCCCUCCAAGCUAAAAUUGUUGCUUCUCCGGGCCAUAACCCUGCUGUAGAUGGGUCGCACGUCUCAACCCGAACGAUGAGCUUUCCCACAAGAAGGACCACUGAAUCUGUUUGA